ACUGAACGCUCUACCAAUCCCUUUCCUAGAAAUAUUCUUCUCGCACGGCAUUGGUCUAAUUUCACUCAGCCUGCAAAGAAGCUCAGUUCUGAUUGGUCGAUUUGCGGCGGAACCCGGUGAUGAAGCUUUCUUUAGUUGAUCCCUACGCAAUGGCGGAGGUCAGGCUGUGUUUCGGGAGAGGGGCUUACAAGCUUUUAAAACCGCGAAAUCUCCCUCUUUUGGAUAAAGACUGUAAACCGGUUCCAACGGAAACUUACGUCGCAUAUUUAAUAAAGUCGCCACAGCUCUGUGAGACUCGAAAUGACCGUGUCCAAUCAGCUGAAACACCGGCAGCUCUGGAGUCUCCAAAAGGGACUGUGAACACACUCUUUACCUGGGCUGGAGAUGCACACAGCCUGAAAGAGCGGUUGAACCUCAAUUCUGGAAAUUUUAGUACGUGGACGGACUGCCAUGGGUCGAAGUCAUCUGCAGUUCACGUGUCCUUCUGGAGGAGCUCGUGUUUGCGAAUUUACGGAAAACUCCCUCUCCUGUCCAGUCAUACUGGCACUCACUUUAAGCGCCAGCUAAGGGGAGCCAUCUAUAAAAAUCCUCAUUAUGAACCUCCAAAUGAUUAUGUAGGGCAGUUUAUGUCUUUAACCAGAGCUUAUAGUGGCACACAGAAUAAAGGCAGUCCGUUAUACAAAUCAAAGUCUGCUUAUUAUGAUAUUUUGGAAGUUUCUCCGACCGCCACGCACGUACAAAUCAAGACCGCUUACUAUAAACAGUCUUUCAUCUAUCACCCGGACAAGAACGCAGGGAGCGAGGAGGCCGCGUUCAGGUUCUCGCAGAUCAGCGAGGCGUACAGCGUCCUGGGUAAUAAAGCUCUGAGGAGGAAAUACGACCAUGGGAUCCUGAGUCAAGCUGACCUGCUGGGAACCAGCAAACCCGCCGGCAGAGAGAGAGAGAGUCCAGCAUCAGGACAGCAGAGCAGAGCCCGACACUCCCCCUCUGUUGGAGCCACCCAGCAGAACAUCUUCGACUUUGAUACUUUCAUCAGAUCACACUAUGGAGAACAGCUGAAGAGAGAGCAGGAGAUCCGGCAGCGCAGAGAAGAGCUCAUCAGGAAGAAGGAGGAGCAGGUUGAGGAUAUGGAACUGGGCAGGAUGAAGGAGAUCGCUGUGGGGAUAAUGCUGGCGAUGGCGGUGAUGAUCUUAUUUAGCCUCAAGUCUAGCAAGUGAGGAAGACACGGGGAUACUUGAAGCAUAACUCACGUUGUAACAGCGUAAAAUUGGUUUUGAUUAAAAAGAAUGUGCCAAAUUGCACAGAUAUAUGCUA